AUGGAGAACUACCAGAAGAUAGAGAAGAUUGGAGAGGGGACAUACGGUGUUGUUUACAAAGCUCGGGACCUGUCCAACCAUGGCCGGAUCGUCGCCUUGAAGAAGAUUCGUCUCGAGGCUGAAGACGAAGGCGUUCCUAGCACAGCAAUCAGAGAGAUAUCCUUGCUUAAGGAGAUGCAUGACCCAAACAUUGUCCGGCUAUUUAAUAUUGUCCACGCAGAUGGACACAAGCUCUAUCUCGUUUUCGAGUUUCUCGACUUGGACCUAAAGAAAUACAUGGAGGCUCUGCCGGUGAGCGAAGGUGGUCGCGGCAAAGCCCUGCCGGACGGGUCUCAUGAGAUGAGCAGGCUGGGUCUGGGAGAAGCCAUGGUGAAGAAGUUCAUGGCUCAGCUUGUGGAGGGCGUCCGGUACUGCCAUACCCAUCGCGUGCUGCAUCGUGAUCUCAAGCCCCAGAACUUGCUUAUCGACCGGGAGGGCAACCUUAAAAUUGCAGAUUUUGGCCUUGCUAGGGCUUUCGGUGUGCCUUUGAGAACAUAUACACAUGAGGUUGUCACCCUUUGGUACCGUGCCCCUGAAAUUCUCCUAGGUGGUCGUCAGUAUUCGACAGGUGUCGACAUGUGGUCUAUCGGUGCAAUCUUCGCUGAGAUGUGCACCCGCCGGCCCCUUUUCCCUGGUGACUCGGAAAUUGACGAGAUAUUCAAGAUCUUUAAACUACGCGGCACCCCUGAUGAGCGAAUCUGGCCGGGCGUGACAUCCUUUCCUGACUUCAAAACCUCGUUCCCCAAGUGGAAACGGGAAGACAUCCGCAAAUUAGUGCCCGGCCUGGAAGAGAACGGUCUCGCGCUGCUAGAUGCCAUGCUCGAGUACGAUCCCGCACGCCGCAUAUCGGCCAAGCAGGCGUGCAUCCACCCAUACUUCCAGGCUUGUAGCUCUGCUUACUCAAGUCGUGGCCGAACUCCAGUGUACCAAUGA